CCAGCACAAAGGGUCCCCCUAGACCGAGAUUCGUUGCUUCUUCUCCUUCUUUGUUUCCAUUCUCCUAUUCUUCUCGGUUUUGCUGUAAGAUACGAAUACAACUUGCUAUUUUGUUGCAGAGACGAAUAGCUACUGAGUACAACCCCUGUCAACCGUCGUGUGGCCCCUUGUACCUUGUACCCUGCCACCACCCAUACGACGACCAUCAGCAUCAGCAUCAGCACACAAGCAACUGUUGCAACCACCACCUCAGCCUCUCACGUACAGCUGGCCCAAACCUCCUGGGCUGCAUUUUGGGCCAAUUCUGCCACCACUUGGCUACUUUUUGCUCCUCUUCUUCUCAUUUUCCUUCCUUCUCCAAUGAAGACUACGCAGUAAUAUCGCAGAUAUUCAUCCACCGGCCAUGGCUCCUCCCCCUCCAAAGGACGCCCCCGCGGCUUCGUCUCCCUCGUCUUCUCACAACCACGCCGCCGCAGCAGACAAUACUCGACCUCCUACGACUGCUUUGCACAUGACAAUUCCUCGACGCUCCCAUACCGAUCCCUCACACGCCAGUCCCAUACACGCCAGUCCCAUACACGCCAGUCCCAUACACGCCAGUCCCAUACACGCCAGUCCUAUUCACCCAAGUCCCUUGGCCGCCACGCACUCCGCACAGCGAACCUCGAGAUCAAAAGCAAGGCGGUCCUGGGCCGAGCCCGACGCCGAUGGCCUCCAGCAGCACCAUGAGCUCGAGACAAUCCAGUCUCGUGUGCCGAUUGCCAUCGAGGACCGCCGCGAAUCUACCCAUGCCCGUCUCGAAAUCAUCGCAGAGUCCUCGGGCCCGACGGUCUUUGACAGAGUUCGUGAGCAUGCCGAGGGUGUCUCCGAAAAGCUUGUCUGGAUGCGGCAGGAUCAAAAGUCCAACCGCCUUCGCCGCCGCAGAAAGCAGGGCAUGCCCUUUAAGGACCGAAUCGCAGCCAAGGCUGCCACCUUCUUCCAACUGUACAUUAUGCAGGGCAUUUUCCGUCGAAUGCCCUUGAAGCCCUCCAAAGACGGCCGCCACAUCCCUCUCCAGUCACACGCCUACGCUGCACCCCAUCUCAUCGACGAGCGAUCAGGAAAACCGUAUAUAAGCAACUUUAUCCGAUCUAGUCGAUACACGAUUUACGACUUUGUGCCACAGCAGCUGGUCUUCCAAUUCAGCAAGCUCGGUAACUUCUACUUUCUUCUCAUGGGUAUCCUGCAGACCAUCCCUGGCCUCAGUACCGUCGGUCGCUGGACAACUAUUGCACCCCUCAGCAUCUUUGUUGCCUUCAGUAUGGCCAAAGAAGGCCUCGACGACUACAGACGAUACCAGCUCGAUAAAUCCGAAAACCGAAGCACCACUCUUGUUCUGACAGAUUGCGUGGGUCAGGAUCGCCGUGGAGUCUCGGGCAUCAAAGCCAAGUCCCGCGCUGGCUGGCAUGGCUCGAAAAAGGGACCUGAAUGUGAAAUCGAUGAAGUACCCCUCGACGACCUCGAGAGCGCCUCCCGAACUACACAUAGCGAGCCAGAAGAUUGGGUUCUUAUGCAGUGGCAGCAUCUUCGAGUCGGUGACAUUGUUCGCCUGCAACGAGACGAGCCUGUCCCGGCAGACAUGGUCUUAUUGCACGCCACUGGCCCCAAUGGUGUGGCUUAUAUUGAGACCAUGGCCCUUGACGGUGAGACCAAUCUCAAAGCCAAACAAGCCUGCCCACCUCUCCUGGAACGAUGCGAUACGAUUGAAAACCUGCGAACCCUCAACGCCACCGUCAUCUCCGAAGACCCCAACAUCCAUCUGUACAGCUAUGACGGCCGAGUGACAGUUGACAGCGACACUGCGCCACUUUCACUUAACAACGUUGUUUACAGAGGGUCUAUUCUGCGAAAUACUGCUGGUGCCAUUGGCGUCAUUGUGAACUCGGGCGAGGAGUGCAAGAUUAGAAUGAAUGCAAACAAAAACGUCACCGCAAAGAAGCCUGCCAUGCAAGGCCCCGUCAACAAGAUGAUCAUGGUUCAAAUCGUCAUUGUACUGAUGAUUGCUACGGGUUUCUUGAUUGGCUACCUGGGCUGGCAGUCUCGUGAAAAGCACUCCUUUUACAUUGUGGAAAAGCGCAAGUACAACGCCCAGGUCCCCCACCGCAAUAUCUGGUUUGGAUACCUGCUCAUGUUCAACACCCUUAUUCCGCUCUCCCUCUAUAUCAGUCUCGAAAUCGUCAAGCUUGGCCAGCUCUGGCUUCUCCACGAUGAGGACAUGUACGAUCCCGUCUCAGACACCCCCAUGGUAGCCAACACCACCACCAUUCUCGAGAACCUUGGCCAAGUUAGCUAUGUCUUCUCCGACAAGACUGGAACCUUGACUGAAAAUCUCAUGAGAUUCCGAAAAAUGUCUGUUGCCGGUGUUGCCUGCCUCCACGAUAUGGAUGUUCUCAGAGACGAAAAGGCAAAGCAGACGAGAAUCGACACAAUGCAAAUGGCAAGAAGCAACAGAAAAUCCACUGCCUCUUGGCACAUUUCACAGAUGAACCGCCUGUCAUCGGAUGUGUACGCCAACCGCAACGCCCACUACGAAGCCGGAAUGGCUCCAGGAAGAGCCUCUACGGGCUCCGCAACAUACUGGAAGUCGUCUGCUCGCCCGGACGAAGCCCCAGAGAUGAAGACUGAAGAUCUCUUGCUCUACAUUCAGCGAAAGCCCAACACCACGUUUGCCCGUAAAGCCAAGCACUUCUUACUCUGUAUUGCCUUGUGUCAUACUUGCUUGCCCGAAACCAAAGAUGACGGAAGCGUGGAGCUGCAGGCUGCAUCGCCUGACGAGCUCGCGCUAGUAGAGGCUGCUCAGGAUCUUGGAUACAUGCUCAUCGAUCGACCGGCUCAAUGCAUCAAGCUCCAGUCUCGUGACAGCAAUGGCAACAUGCAGACGGAAACAUAUCAGGUCUUGGAUGUUAUUGAGUUUAGCAGCAAGCGUAAGCGAAUGUCCAUCAUUCUGCGUAUGCCAGACAAGAGCAUUUGCGUCAUCUGCAAAGGUGCCGACAACGUCAUUACCUCUAGGCUGAAGCUGAGCCACAUUGCCGAGCAAAAGGCCCGCGAGGUGGAGCAGAUGUCCAGCAUGCGCAAGACCUUUGAGCAGCACAAGCUGAACAAGAGACUCAGCAUGCAGGCGAGCGCAAAGAGUACCCCUCGCAGCAGCUUCAACAUCAAGCGAGGUGAGACGUUUGACCACAACGACCGACGCUGGAGCGCCGGACGCCUCUCCGCCGACUUGAAGAAGCCUGCACAUACUGAAGCCACUCCCGGAAAACUGAAGAGGAAUCGAACAGAAGAUUUCGGCACGCCCCGCACUUCGGUUGAUUUCUUGCGCAACCGACCUCUCUCUACUGUGAAUCCCGUUGCCUCGUUCGAUGCUGUUGAGCAACAGGUUGACGAAGGAGUGGCAGCCAACGAGUCGGCUAUUCUGGAGCGAUGCUUUCAGCAUAUUGAUGAGUUCGCCACCGACGGCCUGCGCACGCUGCUCUAUGCCUAUCGCUAUAUUGAUGAGGAGACAUAUACUUCCUGGAAGGCUACAUACAAGGAGGCCGAAACCAGCUUGGUGGACCGCCAGGAGCGUAUUGAAGCUGCUGGUGACCUGAUUGAGCAAAAGUUUGAUCUUGCUGGUGCGACGGCUAUUGAAGACAAGCUUCAGGAGGGUGUCCCGGAGACCAUUGACAUGCUGUGCCGUGCCAACGUCCGCGUCUGGAUGCUGACUGGUGAUAAGCGAGAAACGGCUAUCAACAUUGGUCAUUCUGCCCGUGUCUGCAAGCCGUACUCAGAAAUGUACAUUUUGGAUGCUGCUGCUCCAGGAUCUUUGUUGGAUACGCUCAAGGUUACCCUCAAUGACGUGAGCCGAGGCAUGGCACCGCACUCCGUUCUUGUGGUUGAUGGCCAGACGCUAGCGGCGAUUGAUGCCGACGAUGAUCUGGCUGUUUUGUUUUAUGACCUCGUCGUCCGCGUGGACUCUGUGAUUUGCUGCCGUGCCUCGCCGUCGCAAAAGGCCAACUUGGUCAAAGCCAUUCGACGAUAUGUACCCAAGAGCAUGACGCUUGCCAUUGGAGAUGGUGCCAACGAUAUUGGUAUGAUCCAAGCGUCGCAUGUGGGUAUUGGCAUUUCCGGCCGCGAAGGUCUCCAGGCGGCUCGUAUUUCCGACUACUCGAUUGCGCAGUUCCGCUUCCUACAGAAACUCUUGUUUGUUCAUGGCCGCUGGAACUACCUGCGCACUGGAAAGUACGUGCUGGCAACCUUUUGGAAGGAAAUCUUCUUCUACCUGAUGCAGGCGCACUUCCAGCGGUACACUGGCUACACUGGCACCUCCCUGUAUGAGUCGUGGAGUCUGACAACCUUCAACACGCUGUUUACGUCGCUGGCUGUCAUUCUGCUGGGUAUUUUUGAGCGAGACUUGAGUGCCAAAACGCUGCUCAAGUUUCCUGAACUCUACACAUUUGGGCAGAAGAACCUUGGCUUCAACUUUAAGCAAUAUGUUGGAUGGGUGGUGCUUGGUGUUUUGGAAAGCUGUAUCGUGUUCUACUUUACGAGAGCCGUGUAUGACAGAGGCCUCUCGACGGACGACACGAGUCUGUACGCAAUCGGUAGCAUCUGCUUUACCGUUGGUGUGGUGUUUAUCAACCUGAAGCUGCUGGUACUGGACUUGCACACCAAGACCAUCAUUACCUUUGGCGGAUUCAUCAUCUCUGUCGGCGCAUGGUUCAUGUGGAUGCUGAUCCUUGCUGUUGUAUACAACCGCGGCAACAGCAUCUACAUUGUACGCGCAGCAUUCUUGCACAACUUUGGCCGGCAGCUGGUCUGGUGGGUGACGGCAUUGAUUGCAUUGAUGACCAUUACCGUGAUUGAGCUGGCAGUGCAAGCUCUUCGCCGCGUCUACUGGCCCACGGACCAAGACCUGAUGCAGCGCAUCGAGCAGGACCAAGAGGCGCUUAAGGCCAUGGAAGAUCAUGAACGGGAUACCGAGGCUGCUAUGCAGCAAGUUGAAGAGGAGAAUGUAGCAGCAGCAGGAGGAGCGGUGGUACGUGAUGCAUCGCGUGCUAGCGGGCAUCGCUUUGUGCGUGUGAGCCAUGAUGGCAGCAAGCCGGAACACGGCGAGACGCUGCGAGAGAAGUUGGAGAAGCUCAAGAGUGAGCUUUAGGUGCUACGAGAGACGAUGACCCAAUUUGUCUUUUUUGGAUUUUCCUUUUUUUGGCGUUACAAGCAAGCCCUUUUUUGUUUUACGAUAUAUCAUACGCACGUCUAGGAUGAAGACGAGAUGACGGAGUAGAGGAUACAUAUAUAUAGAAGAUAGAAUACCCCCAGUGUGUACUUUAAAAUGCCAAUGAAAAAUAUCCCCUUUUAAAACAAGCUUCCUCUUGUGUAUACACACCAAAUUAAAGUCAUGUGAAAAAAAGUUGUAACUUUUGCAC